AUGGCGGCCGACAUUGGUCAGAUCGCUCAGCUUCUCGAUGCAACUCUUGAUCCUACAGAGCAUCGUAAAGCUGAGAACGCCCUCAAGCAAGAGGCUACCAAGCCUCAGUACUCUCUCAGUCUUCUCAACAUUGUCAGCUCCGACACUCUACCGUCAAAGACCCGACUCGCCGCUGCCUUGGCCUUCAAGAACUUUAUCCGAACAAACUAUGUGGACGAGGAAGGCAACUACAAGCUGCCUCAAAAUGAGGUUCAAGUUAUCAAGGAGCGCCUUAUUGGCCUUAUGAUUUCGUCACCAGCCAAUAUCCAGGCUCAGCUCGGUGACGCUAUUAGCGUUAUUGCAGAUUCUGAUUUCUGGCGACGCUGGGAUACCCUUACACAGGAACUCGUCAGCCGAUUUUCAGCUACCGACCCCAAGGUCAACGUUGGUGUUCUCGAAGUUGCACACUCCAUCUUUGUCAGAUGGCGACCCUUGUUCCGAACGGACGAGCUCUAUAUGGAGAUCAAUCAUGUGAUUGAAACAUUUGGACAGGCCUUUGUUCAGCUUCUUGUGACAACCGAUAAAAAGAUUGCCGAGAACAAUGACAAGAAAGAUGUGUUGCAUGGUUGGUUCGAGGCUCUGGAUCUUCAAAUCAAGAUCUUGCACGAUAUGUCUUGCCACGAUCUCCCUCCUAUAUUCGACGAGAACCUAGGCAGUAUUUCCGAACUCCUUCACAAGUAUCUUUCAUACUCCAACCCGCUGCUGGAGACCGACGACGAGACCGAGACGAGCAUAGUCGAUACGGUUAAGGCUGAUAUCUGCGAGGUUCUUGAGCUUUUUACCGUCAAGUACGACGAGGAUUUCUCCAAAUAUUGCCAGCCCUUCAUCGAGAAGGCGUGGAACCUUUUGUCCUCAACUGGCCCCGAAACCAAAUACGACCUUAUUGUCAGCAAGGCCUUGCAUUUCCUGACUGCCAUCGCCUCCUCUGCACAACACUCUGGCAUCUUCAACAGCGAAGAUGUUUUGACUCAGAUUGUGGAGAAGGUCAUUCUGCCAAACGUGGCGCUCCGCGAGUCGGAUCUUGAGUUGUUCGAAGAUGAGCCGAUCGAAUUCAUUCGAAGAGACCUCGAGGGCUCUGACACAGAUUCACGACGACGAUCUGCUACCGACUUUCUCCGCAAGCUUCAGGAACGCUUUGAGGCUCCUGUUACUACAGUGGUUUCCAAGUACAUUAGCCACUACCUGUCCCAGGGUAGCAGCGAUUGGAAGGCUAAGGAUACCGCUAUCUACCUUUUCAUCUCUAUUGCUGCCAAGGGUGCUGUCACUGCUACCCAAGGUGUCAAGACUGUUAACCCUCUUGUUAACGUCGUUGAGUUCUUCGAGCAACACAUUGCCCAGGAUCUCAUCAACUCGCAGGGUGUUGAGCCUAUCUCAAAGGUUGAUGCCAUCAAGUAUCUCUACACUUUUCGGAGCCAGCUGUCCAAGGAGCAAUGGAAGGUGGCACUGGGCCCCCUUAUCCAGAAUCUGAACUCGGACAACUACGUCGUCUACUCAUAUGCUGCUAUCGCUGUGGAGCGCGUCCUGUUCCUUACAGAUGAUGCCGGUAACGCCAUGUUUCCCCGUGCUGACAUUGAGCCUUUUGCUAAGGAUCUUCUCGGUCACCUAUUCAAGCUCAUUGAGAAAGAGUCCAGCCCGGCUAAGCUUCAGGAGAACGAAUUCUUGAUGCGCUGUGUCAUGAGAAUUUUGAUUGUCAUCAAGGAUGGUGCUAUUCCUCUGCUAGACAAUGUCUUGACCCAUCUUGUCCUCAUUACCAAUGUCAUGAAGCAGAACCCCAGCAACCCUCGGUUCUACUACUACCAUUUCGAGGCAAUUGGUGCUCUUGUCCGCUACUCUGCUCCUAGCAAUGCGGCCCUCUUCAACGAGAAGCUGUGGGGUCCAUUUCACCAGAUCCUGGUCGAGGAUGUCACGGAAUUCAUGCAAUAUGUCUUCCAAGUUCUCGCACAGUUGCUUGAGUCUAGCCCAUCUGAAACAAUUUCAGACAACUACAAGGCGCUACUGGGUCCCCUAUUGAACCCUACUCUUUGGGAGACUCGAGGUAACGUCCCAGCUUGCACCCGUCUUCUGUCGGCUGUUAUUCCCCGGGCCUCUCAGGCGAUCCAGGCGGAGAACCAGCUUGAGCCUGUAUUGGGCAUCUUCCAAAAGCUUCUGAGCACCAAGAAAUCGGACGUGCUUGCCUUUGACAUCCUCGAUUCCAUUGUCAAAACAUUUGAGCCAGCCGUUCUAGAUCAGUACUUUGUCACAAUCCUCAGACUUAUCUACACGAAGCUUCAAGGAUCCCCUGCUGAGUCGUUUAAGUUCCGCUUCGUCCGCUUCUAUCACCUUGUGUCUGCUCGUUUCGAGGCGGGCUAUGGAGCCGACUACUUCAUUAAGCAGUCCAACUUGGUUGAUGCAGGUGUCUUUACCCAGGUUUACCCUAGCUUCGUCCUCGCUGAGACAGAGAAGCUCGCUCGUCCUGUAGACCGAAAGGUCGCAGUUGUUUCCCUGACAAAGACAUUGUGCGACUCGCAAUCAUUCGCUCAACAGUUCCAGAAGGGCUGGGCCAACAGUUGCCGCAAACUUCUCUCGCUCCUGGUCAAUCCUCCUACUGUUGGUGCUGGUGCUGGUGAUGAUGUUGUUGCUGAAGCAGAUGUUGAUGACAUUGGCUUCGGCAUGUCAUUUACUGCGCUCAACACUUGCAAGGUCGCGGCCAGGGACGAUUUCCCAGAGAUUCUCGAUGUUACCAAGUGGGUAAAGGAGUACAUGGUCAGCGCGAACCAGCGACAUGGUGGCGCUGUUGAACGCUUCAUCGGUGAGCGACUAAGCCCCGAGGAGCAACAAGCCAUUGCCCAGUACAUCCGAUAA